UAUCAAAGAGCGCAGACACGAACACGAAGAGGCGAAAUAACUGACUACUGUUGAAUGAAUAAGCCAGGACUUUCAACUACAAAAGCUACUUGGAAUGACAAAAUGGGACUUAGUGAGCUUAGUUCUGCUGGCCACCACCAGAGAUCUCCACCUGUAGGAAUCAGUUUCCAAGCGCCAUCUUUCAACGCAUCAAGAAUGUCCUCUUUGGUGCAACUCGAUAACACUGUUGAUGAUGGUCCAGUAGCUACUUUCCCAAUCUCUAAAGAACUAGAACAUCUUCAGACUUUACGUCAACUGAAGCAGCUGUCACAAGUGGGGGCGAUUGGACAACUGAAUAGUUUUAACCAAGCUGAGUAUUCGAACAUGUCUCAAUUGAUAUUUAACAAUAAUGAUGUACUGAAGACUCCAAAUUCACACAUUCACGGUAAUUUUGGUGUCAGUAUGAGCGAUGGAAAUAACAGCCAAUCACACCAGCUGAAUACAUUCACUUCUGCUAUGAACAAUUUCCAUCGAUUGGAACGCAAUGACAUAAUGCCACAGAAUGCUUCUGACUAUGGUACAACUGGGCAUGGGACUAUAGCAGCCACAUCUGAAACACUCAGUGACUCAGCUGUUUGUGAAAUUCUACUUGAUAUCAUGAGGGAUGACACUGCCAAUGGUAUAAACCCAAACAAUACGUUCAACGAUACUAUAAAUACAACCCCACUAGGUCAAAGCCAUCAAAAUUCAUUUACUUUUGAUAGGUCAUUUUUGCCGGAUGAAAAUGCGCAAUAUUGGGAGCCUGGGGUUACCGCAGCAACGACACUGAACAACUGGGAUAACCAGGAAAACAUGCUCCCUGUCAUUGACACAAAAAGCAGCAUUGGCUGGAAUAAUUGGAGCCCAAAAACUACAAUCGACCAUAAGCCGGACUUAAUGGAAAACCCAACUAUUAUGAGCAACGCAUGUACAAUAACAACGCCCACUGUAAAAAGUGAAACAAAGCCCCCCUGUUCUUCCUUAGAAGCCCUCUUAAGAGCCAAACAUCCCACAAAUGCAACCCUACUGCAGCAAUAUUUAUUGAAUAGGUCAAGCCAAACAAACUCGUUGAAAGAGGCCCUAACCCAAUCUUGUCCCACGUCACAAGGAUCAUUUCAGUCUCGAGAAUCCUCACAACCAUCUUCCCAGACAGAAAUACUGUCACAGUCACAAGCAGCAGCUUUUCAGCCCAUAGUGACCACUCAAUCAGAAAACUCUAAUUUGAAGUUCAAAACCAGUUCAACCAAUGACACAUGUACCACUUCAAGUCCUUACAUACAGCCAGAGAUGACACAAACCGGUUUAAACCAGCCUAACAUGACCCAAACUGGUUUAAACCAGCCUAUACUAGUCCAGUCUAGUGUAACUCCCUCAACUUUGAGUCAAACCAUUUCGAACAAUGAACCUAGUUAUCAACCGAGCACAAAUCAACCCUUACUAGCCCAAAACAGUAUAAACCAGUCAAGUGUUGUUCAAACUAGUUUGGUGCAAGCAGACAGUGGUUUGGAGAGCUCAUUAGGGUUGUCAGAAGCUAGCGAUCCCAUUUCAAAACUCCCAACUAUGAUGGAACUGUUCAGCACUCUCCCAACGAAAAAUAGUACAUCGUGGCCCUUUGGAAACACUUCAGACACAAGUGCCACCUAUUUGGACAAAUUGAAUAAUGGACAGAGUUUGUCUGAGCCACCGUCGCGCUCAACAUCCCCUAUUGAUGGAUUUGGUAGUAAUCAAGAAGCGUUUGCAACCACGUUGGAAUCAAUCCUGAACAGUCUAAAUGCAGGAGACAUUAAAAACAAUGAUUCUAACAUGUCCAAUGGUGCUUCUAGACCAAAUCUACUCAAAAGAGGGAGAGAGGAUGAUUCAUUUGAAGACCUUCUUUCUAAUCUUGAUGAGCCACAUCAUAAAAAACUGGCUCGCAGUCUCAGUGUCAAUGACAUUAACGAUGCAGAGAUUCAUAUAAAACAAGAAGUUGAAUCAAAUGAUGACAUCAUCGAAAUGAAGCCAGAAAUUAAUCUUGAUGAUUUCCCAGAAGAAACUGAACUGAAUAAUCAGUGUGGGGUGGGAAAGGAUGAGAUUCAAUUCAUUAAAACUGAAAAAGAUACCAAGGACCUCAAAACUGGAAUGUUGCCUGUGAAAACUGAACAUGAUCAUCAGCUGUACAACAAUAUGUGUAUACCCUAUAUCAAGCAAGAGCCACUCUAUAUCAAGCAAGAGCCACUCUCUUCAGUUCAAUUGAUAAACAAACCAGUUGCCAUGACAACCAACACAGUUAACAUAGUUACCACAUCUUCACAAUGUAAAACAAUUAAAUUGGAACCCUUAACCCGUACCUCCCCGGUGAAUAAACAAGCAAUACCCGUGACAUCCAUUGCAGCCAAGAACACAAUUAAGAACUUGCCAUCGAUAAUAUCCCAAGUUGGGAAUGUAGCCCAAACUCUCCCAGCGGUAACCCUUCCAAAUGCAACAAAUCUCGUACAAAUAAUCGUCAUUAACACAUCAGAUAUGAAACGGGAUGGCAAGUCACUGACGAAGAUUGCCCCGGCGCCAGAUGGUCCAAGGACAAUGACUGAUAUCCAUCAAGAAGACCAGAAACGUUGGAGAAAGUACCCCUGCCCAAAAUGUGACAAGAGCUACCUGAAGAGUUGCCACCUUAAAGCACAUUUGAGGAUACACACAGGAGAGAAGCCAUACGUUUGCACCUGGGGUGAAGGUUGCGACAAAAAAUUCGCUCGUUCUGAUGAACUGUCACGUCACGUCAGGAAACAUACUGGCGAAAGGAACUUUUGUUGCGUGCACUGCGGUCGAACAUUUCAACGUAGCGAUCAUCUUUCAAAACACAAACUUCGUCGCCAUAACAAUGAUGUUAAAAAACAACCCGUUCCUUGAUGAAGAUGAGGGAUAGUGCAUUAUGGGUAGAUAAAAGUAUUUCUGAAAUGCAAUAAUUGUAAAUAUUAAUAAUCAUGUACAUCAAGAUUAUAACCGUGUAAUGCUUAAAUGUAUGAUAAUACUUAUUUACGAGUAAGGAGUAAGGCCCCUACAAUAAAUGUUUGGAUAUAUAACGGUGUCAAGUUGAUUAUAUCAAAAUCUCCUUGAUCAACUCUUUCUUUUUUCGGAAAAAUGUUUCCAUUUUUUCUCAUUCUGACAGAUAUUUUAGAAAUUUUGAUCAAAGAAAGUCAUUUAAAAAAUGAUCAUGUUAUACUAUUUCUUACUGAAAAGAUAUUUAAUUUGUUUAAAAUUUUUGCUGAAAUAAUUCUCAAUGUUCCAUCUGACCUAGAUAUGAUACUAUAGCAAUGAGAUUCAACUUUGGCCAUAGUAUGAAAAUGGUGAAAAUGUCACAUGCCAAAUUCAUUUAUCUGCAAUACUGUCGACAGCUAGUCUUAAACUUGUAAUAAAAAAUGUAGGCUAGUAGGUGAAUCAAUAUGUAACUAAGAAAUAUUUAUCAUAGUGACAUAGAUAUACAGUAAAACCUGUCUAAUCCGAUUGCCACUGGGAACUAUCAAAAGUGUUCUGAAUAGCAAGUGUUCACAUUUCAAGGUUUCUUAA